AGGGAGUGACGCGUGAUGAGGACAGAGGACAGGAGCGACACAUAACCACGACUCACCAACGAUGGAGGAUGAAGUUAUGUACUCCUGAAGGGGGUAAAGAUCGCUGAUGGUCGGUGGUACGUCUGUCAAUGAUUCAGCAUCAACAACAACAACAACAACAACAACAACAACAACAACAACGGCUUCUGCUACUACUAUUUAUGAGACGGCAACGUGCUUCCCAGGAGAGGAAAGAAGAUGGAAGUGUUGCAGUGGAACUGCCUGGCUCCAGCCGUGCAGGUGAAACUCCUAUUCCUUCUAGAUAUCGGCGAUAUGACUUCCCACGACAUCGACCACCAAGACGAUCUCACCUCAGCGCCAACGAAAGCGAGAGACGCCUUCCUGUCGGUGCUUCAGGACAGGCAGCACAGAUUUGUGUGUGUGACGGACAUACUGAAGGCCCGAGUUAAACACCUGCAGGAGUAUCCCUUUAUCAGUCUAGCCGCUGGGACACUGGCAAAUGAUUUGAGCGUAAGAAAGGACGACGAAGACCUGCUGACGCUGGUACACGUGUGCCGCCAUUUAGGCGUAGAAUGUAGCCACCUCGAAGAGAAAACCAAGAAUGUGCAGAAAAAACUCAGCCUUACUGAGGAGGAAAUAGAAGGAAACUUGUUAAUUUAUGCUGAGAAUCUGAGGAUGCUCCGACUUUGUGACGCGCUCACCGACCGCCAAGUGAUGCAGCUGUUCGGCCUUACUGUGGAAAACAAUGUGCUGAAUGAGUUUGUGGAUACACAUCUCAAGGUUUCUGCCGACAAACUAGAACAAACGAAGGGCCUCAAAGAAGCUCUAUUCUUCUACUUAAUUAGGACACUAGAAUUAAACAACAAGCUGAACCGCAUAUACACCAGUAAGCUAAAGGCUCUCUUGGAAAAGUUGCAGAGCCAGACGGAGAGCGAUGCUGAGAGGCGUGUGCUGUCAGAGGCGAUCAGCAGCAUGGACGACUACCCUGCAGGGGAACGCCCCGCAGGGCUUUGCGUGGUGUUCUGCGUCACUCGUGGUAGGAAAGGGGCGGAGGCCGAGAUUGAGAAGGUGAAACACGCAUUUGGAAAAUCUCUGGGCUACACAGUGCAAAUCGAAGAAAACCCAGAUAAGGAGAAGUUAGAAGAAUGCCUUAGGUUACUUCGAAAACCUAAAUAUAAAUACUAUGACUCCAUCGUAUACUGGUUUAUGUCUCAUGGUUCGGAGGAGACUAUGGAAUUGGCGGACGGCUAUCGCAUUGAGAGGAAAGCUAUCAUUCACGAGUUUUCUAUACUGGACCAUUUCAGGAAAAAACCCAAAAUCUUUUUCAUGACUCAAUGCCAAGGCAACUCUACCAUUCGCCUACGAAGGAAAAGAAGUGCAAUGCUCGUGACGAUGGACAGCCAUUUUAAAGGCAAUGUGUCAUAUUCGGAGGUGACUGAGGACCACCUAAACAUCACCGCCGUGUACUACCAGAUGGACCGCCUGGUGGCCAGCGCCACGCUGCCUCGGCAGUAUGCAUUCCGCCACCCCGAUGGAGGGUCGAUGUACGUGGACAUCGUGUGCCGUCUGAUGGAGCAGCACCGCGGCCACAACAUCACACAGGUGCUGGAGCGCGUCACCAACACCAUGCACCAGAUUCUUUUUUCCUGCAAGAAUAAGUUUGACGGCGAGGCUAAACAGGCGUGCUGCUAUGAGAGCACCCUGCAGAAAACCUUCCGUGUGCCUUGACUGCGGUGUGAGGGGCGGCCACCACCAUUAGCUGUGCAAUACCCUGCAGUAAGAAGAGGGAAGGGGCGGCGAGACGAAGUAGGAGUCCAGCGUACUCCACACCACGCCCACAAUAUUAUUAUCACCCCAUUGACACUAUGAUAGUUUGU